AUGGUCCCCCAGACAGAGCUCUGCCAGGGGGACCAGUGUUACUGAUGACAACAGUGUGAGAUGGCCUGCUUUGAAGACCAUUGAUAUGGGAGGUGCAUCUCUGAGCGAACGUUUUCUGGAUCUCUUUCAUCAUGAUGGCUGCUUUUUUUGUGGCUUUUUUGGUGAUAUGUUGUUGGUCUCUUAGUAUUCUGACAUUGUAAAUGGUAUGCAAUGAAAUACGAUAUACACUAUAGGAUUUUAAAACUCUGUUAGAGAUUCAGGGCAACAUUUUCUUAGUGCAAAAGAAUUGUGCGAAGUGCAAAAAUUAGAAAGAAAGAUAGGGACACAGCGGUUCAGAGGUGGAGGGGAGGGAAGAGGAGUAGAGUCUGUAUCCCCUGCUGAUCCCCCACUCUUCAUUAAGCUUCCAGCCAGCCCCACAGAUUUAGCCCAGAUUUUAGGCCUAUCUGGGCACAACCUCGGUUAUAGACGCUGACUGGUAAUUUCUCAACAAGCCUCUGUGGCAGACCGCCAAGGCAUUGUCAGCAGAGACCUUAACCCCAUCGGUGCCUGCGUCCCCCGACAUCCAGACACAGUUGGUCCGCAGAUGUUGGGGUCUCCUUUGUCCACAGAAUUGUACCCUUUUCACACAAUUGUGCCAUCCCAAACUGAGUUGGUUCGGAUAUUUUCUUUUCACAUUGUCAGCAACCAUGGUGGAUGCGUAAUCAGGCCAGCUCAGUACAGCUUGGUUGGACUUGGCUCUGUUCGGCUCAGUAGUGUGAAAAGUCCUUUGAAGACCUGAUACAGAUUGCAUGUAUUUAACGCUUAACAUUUUACCCCCUUUCGUCCACAACCAAUGUGUGUAGCCCACCCAGGGGACAAUGACUGCCCCCUCUCAUUGAAGCCACAAAGUUCAAGGAUGGCCGCGGUAUUACAGGCAUUGUUUGCAGAAAACAGGAUCCCUCAUUAUAGUGAAUGUGAAAAUGGCAAUUUUCGUGGUCAAUCUUCAUGGAAAUAAAUAAAAAUUACGAAGACAAUCAUGGUACCAAUAAUUACUUAUAUUACACCAGAUGUAUGCCCUUGAACCAAUUAUUUUAAAAUUGCACACAGAAGAAGUUAUAGGGAUAAUUUAGUUGCUAAUGGCAGCCUGCAGUACCCAGUCGGCCUUCAACUUGAGAUACUCAAUGAGAGGGGGCAGCACUGAGCUAACCUGCAACGUCACUUCCUGGAGUAGCUCAAACAGCGCAUGUUAUGUCUACAUAAAUCUCCCACAUGAGACACCAUCUUAAGCGACUUCCUGGCCUUCAAAUGCACUAUUGAGUUUUCAAAUAGGAACGAAUGGUGUCACAUUAUCGAUGGCUUUGUCCAUUCAUGUAUACAGUCAUUGAGCCCACCAGCCCGGCACCCAUCUUUGUGAUUCACAUUGGCGGCCAUUUUGAGUCAGACUGCUGCCACCACAUAUCGGCCAGUCGCACAUGCUUUUCUGUUCUCCUCAGUAAUAUCAAUGUGUGAAUAUUUAAUUUUGAGUAAACUGUUAAUAACAAUGUGUCCCUCCCCCCUCCCACUCUGUCUCCCCAGAUAAUGUUUAAAGCCAAAGCCAAAUAUUCUCCGGAGCUUAACAAAUACAAGUAAGUGGAAUUCUGCUGAGUCAGUAUCUGUGUUAGUCUAAAUGGGUUUUUGAUGAGUGGGGUGGGGCGAGGGACAAAGUAGGAGAGAGGAUGUUGGGCAGGGGGGCAUCAAAUGUCCAAUAACCCAACUCAAAGCUGGUGUAUUAGAAUGGAUGUUGUUUUUUGGUGAAAAAGAAAUGAGAGUUGAAAUGCAAUGGCUGUUUGAAGCAACACACAACAGUUAAGUCUUAUGUGGGACCUUGUCAAACCCCCUCGGAACCUCCCAAAAUGUACUGGUCAUCUGUUACUAAAAGUGAAAAAAGGUAGAUGCAUUGCAGUUGCUACCAUUUCUGCCAAUUGCAAAUCACUCUAUGGGACUAACAUAACAUGACAACAACAUUCUGAUACAUUCUUACUAGAAUGGGAUCUUUCAAACCUUUGGUGCCAACAUGGCUCUCAUUCAGAUACUCCAAGCCCUAGAUACAAAACCAAGUUGGCCAAGCUCUGUGUGUACAGUAUCUAUGACUCUGGCUUCCACUGUACGACUGAAGGGUAUUACUGUAGAGACAGUGGAACAGAGUGCCCUAUAACCUUGAUGAAAUCGAAUAAUGCCCCCUGAGCUUCGUCUCAGCUGUCUCCACCCUGGGCUUUUAGAUGUGGACGGGGAAGGUGGGGUCAAAAUGUCUGGACUAAUAAGCACUUUGAUCAGCCGAUUUAAUGUCUGAUGCGGAGUGAAAAGCUGCGAGCUCAAAUCCCCAAAUCCACCACACAAAACUCCUCCCCAAUUUCCAUCCCAGUACUCUACAAUCCCCCGCUUCACUCACACACACCACACUAAUACACACACACACAAAUACACAUGCACGCACACACACACAGUCACUCAUAUACACACACACACACACACACACACACACACACACACACAUCCUGCAAGGGGGGAGGGUGUAAAGGAAGAGGGGAGAACAGGAAGGGGAGAAGGAGAGAGGGGGAACUGGGAAGAUUGAGUGAGCCAAUGCAGUAGGAUGGGAUUGGGUUUGGGGUGUUUCAAGUUUAUGGUCAAUUUUAUUGUUGUGUAGUAUUAUUGUAACGUUGUAUGUACAGGGCUCUAAUUAAAAAACAUGAAUUGAUAGCACUGGUGCUCCCAAAAUCGUUUGAAAUACAGCCUGUAUUAAUUCUAGCUACUUCUAAAGCACAUGCUGUGCCCUAGAAACUCAUAUGUGUAACCCUGUAAAUACAUUAGCUUAUUAUAAAAAGCUAAAAUGUUGAUACAAAUAAAUACCUGUCAUUGAAAUUAGUCAUUUAUGGAAUAUUAGGUUUCUACAUUAUGUAAAAGCACUAUUUUCAUAUUGAGAUGCAUUGCAUUGAAAAUCGUACACUGUCUAUAAGAGAGUCAUGUUUGUGAUGAGACCUCUCUCCCGAAGAAGCUAUCCCUUUUCCUUUUUUUUCUCUGUGCCUCCAAAUGUUUGGCUAUACUGAUGAAGUUACCAGGUUGUUAGCUAGCUAGCUAAUGAGGUACCAAACAUGACUAAACAAGGUGAAAAUAUAUAUAUAUAUUGCCCCGGUAAUAUGGGUCAGAUAUCUUGAACUGUUUGUGUGACACUAAUGAAUCUGCGCUCAGGAAACAAUGCUACAGGGAAGUCUUAUCAUUAUAACAAGUACAUAUUUUGUCGUACUUUAGAGCCCUGUGUGUGUAGUAAACUAGUGUACCACCUAAAAUUGGUUUUUUUUUUCCACAGGGUGCUCAUUCGUCUGGCGUUCAUCUUUGCCAGCCUUUUCUUCCUUGUGGUGAACCUAACAUGCGCCAUGCUGGUGCAGGGUGGCAUUGGGGGCGACGUGGGCAAGGCAGAGGUGCGGCAGGUGGUGCUGGCCCGGGUGCUGGUCAAUGACACUCUCUUCGUACUCUGUGCCAUCUUGCUGGCCGUGUGCAUCUUCAAGAUCGCCAAGAUGUCCUCUGCCAAUGUCUACCUCGAGUCCAAGGUACUGGACCGUCCUCAAUCAGUCAUUUAAUCAAUCAAUCAACAAACUAACUAAUACAUAGUUUAAUCAAUCAACCAAUUAGCCACUUAACCAACUAACAAAUGAGUCACAAACCCCUUGACUUAUUCCACAUUUUGUUGUGUUACAGCCUGAGUUCAAAAUGUAUUAAAUAUAUAUACUUCACACAAUACCCCAUUAUGACAAAGUGAAAACAUGUUUUUAGAAAUUGUAGCAAAUGUAUUGAAAAUGAAAUACAGAAAUAUCUCAUUUACAUAAGUAUUCCUAAGUCGAUACUUUGUAGAUGCACCUUUGGCGGCAAUUACAGCUGGGAGUCCUUUUGGGCAAGUCUCUAAGAGCUUUGCAAACCUCGAUUGUACAAUAUUUGCCCAUUAUUGUUAAAAACAUUAUUCAAGCUCUGACAAGUUGAUUUUGAUCAUUGCUAGAAAUCCUCUAGGAUUUUGCCUGUGCUUAUAGCUGUAUUCCAUUAAUUUGUAAAAAUAUAAAAUCCCUAGUCUUUGCUGAUGACAAGCAUACCCAUAACAUGAUGCAGCCACCACCAUGCUUGACGAUAUGAAGAGUGGUACUCAGUGAUGUGUUGUGUUGCAUUUGCCCCAAACAUAAUGCUUUGUAUUCAGGACAAAAGGUUAAUUUCUUUGGCCAUUUUUUUUUGCAGUAUUACUUAAGUGCCUUGUUGCAAAAAGGAUGCAUGAUUUUGAAUAUUUUUAUUCUGUGCAGUCUUCCUUAUUUUCAUUCUGUCAUUUAGGUUAGUAUUGUGGAGUAACUACAAUGUUGUUGAUCCAUCCUCAGUUUUCUCAUAUCACAACCAUUAAACUCUGUAACUGGUUUAAAAUCACCAUUGGCCUCAUGGUGAAAUCCCUGAGCAGUUUCAUUCCUCUCUGGCAACUGAGUUAUGAAGGACACUUGUAUUUUUGUAGUGACUGGGUGCAUCCAAAGCCGAAUUAAUAACUUUGCCAUGCUCAAAGAGAUAUUCAGCGUCUGCGUUUAUUUUUUUAUUUUUUUUACAUAUCUUCCAAUCGUGCCCUUCUUUGUGAGGCAUUGAAAAACCUCCCUGGUCUUUGUUCAGAUUAAGUGUUUGAGCUAGUAAUGUAUCAAUAUUUACCGUUUAUAUAUGAGCUAUGACGUAGCCAACGAAUAUAUAGCACAACUUUGGAUCUCAAAAUCAAAUGGUUUUCACUGUUUGGAAGUUUUUACGGAAUGAUCUUCUCUUCUCCUCUCGCUUCGGCCAUGCAGUGUGCCUCGCAAAAGUGAUUGCUGUCCUCAAUUUGAAAUUAUCAACUUUACCCUGUAUAUCUAAAAAUGGCCAUAUACAGUGCAUUCGGAAAGUAUUCAGACUGCUUGACUUUUUCCACAUUUUGUUACAUUACAGCCUUAUUCUAAAAUUGAUUAAAUAAAACCAUUUCCUCAUCAAUCUACACACAAUACCCCAUAAUGACAAACCGAAAACAGGUUUUUAGAAAUGUUUGAAAAAUUAUUAAAAACAAAAAACAGAUACCUUAUUUACAUAAGUAUUCAGACCCUUUGCUAUGAGACUUGAAAUUGAGUUCAGAUGCAUCCUGUUUCCAUUGAUCAUCCUUGAGAUGUUUCUACAACUUCAUUGGAGUCCAGCUGUGGUUAAUUCAAUUGAUUGGACAUGAUUUGGAAAGACACACACCUGUCUAUAUAAGGUCCUACAGUUGACAGAGCAUGUCAGAGCAACAACCAAGCCAUGAGGUCGAAGGAAUUGUCCGUAGAGCUCCGAGACAGGAUUGUGUCGAGGCACAGAUCUGGGGAAGGGUACAAAAACAUUUCUGCAGCAUUGUAGGUCUCCAUGAACACAGUGGCCUCCAUCAAUCUUAGAUGGAAGAAGUUUGGGAUCACCAAUCUUCCUAGAGCUGGCCACCCGGCUAAACUGAGCAAUCGGGGGAGAAGGGCCUUGGUCAGGGAGGUGACCAAGAACCUGAUGGUCACUCUGACAGAGCUUCAGAGUUCCUCUGUGGAGAUGAGAACCUUCCAGAAGGACAACAAUCUUUGCAGCACUCCACCAAUCAGGCGUUUAUGGUAGAGUGGCCAGACGGAAGCCACUCCUCAGUAAAAGGCACAUGACCGCCCACUUGGAGUUUGCCAAAAGGCACCUAAAGGACUCUCAGACCAUGAGAAACAAGAUUCUCUGGUCUGAUGAAACCAAGAUUGAACUCUUUGGCCUGAAUACCAAGGUCCACGUUUGGAGGAAACCUGGCACCACCCCUACGGUGAAGCAUGGUGGUGGCAGCAUCAUGCUGUGGGGAUGUUUUUCAGUGGCAGGAACUGGGAGACUAGUAAGGAUCGAGAGAAUGCUGAACAGAGCAAAGUACAGAGAUCCUUGAUGAAAUCCUGGUCUAGAGUGCUCAGGACCUCAGACUGGGGCAAAGGUUUACAUUUUAACAGGACAACGACCCUAAGCACACAGCCAAGACAACGCAGGAGUGGCUUCGUGACAAGUCUCUGAAUGUCCUUGACUGGCCCAGCCAGAGCCCAGACUUGAAUCCGAUUGAACAUCUCUGGAGAGACCUGAAAAUAGCUGUGCAGCGACGCUCCCCAUCCAACCUGACAGAGCUUGAGAGGAUCUGUAGAGAAGAAUGGGGAAAGAUAUUUAUGUAAAUGUGAUAUUUCCGUUUUUUAUUUGUAAUACAUUUGCAAACUUUUCUAAAACCCUUUUUUUGCUUGGGUAUUGUGUGUAAAUACUUUCCGAAUGCACUGAUUGUUUAAAGCAAAACUACCAAAACUAUUGCUGAUUGUGAACCUGAACAAUCAAAAUAAAAGCUAUUGUAAACACUGUUCAGCAGAGUUAUAGCCAGAUGAGCGUUGUCUAUGGUAGCUUACUUUUCCGGUAAAACACAAUUUUCAACAGAGCAUAGAUAACAAUAUCCUAGCAAAUUACAAAGGUUGUUACUCAACUAAUGAAGCCUAAUAUCACUCAAGCCAUUUUAGCAUUUGAAUGCUGAAGGUGCCGUGGAGAUCAGGAACAGGCCGCAUAUCUCGCGUUGGUCAGCGCGAAGCUGGGCACGGUGUGCAGUUUGACUAGGCUACUGAUAUGCCUGGGGUUGUUUGGUAUGCAAAAUGACUUGUAGAUCAAUGACUGUCAAUACAGUUAAAUGCAGUUCAACACUGAAGGAGAGGAUGCAUCAGUUGUCACAAAAGAUGAGAGGUAUUUUCAGAGGGUAGAAUUCAUGUAAUAUGAGCAAAAACAUUUGAACUGCCGAUUCGUAAUGUUUGAAUCGAUUUUCUGACCAAUGGGGUCAGCUGACCGAUGCACUUGUAUCUUAAACAUUUGAAUCGGGGACCAAUGCGUAUCGGUGAAUUGUUACAUCCCUAGUGCUAGGAAGAUCCACUUAUGAUCAUGCUUCAGCCUGCUCGCAGAGGCAACCAGGUUUUUGACCUAAAUGUCCUGGUAAAGUAAAUGAUGCCGUUGACCUUAAAAAGGGCCUCAGGAGGUUUUCUAUCAAGCUACUAAGAGAGGCCCAUCCUACAAUAUGUUUAAGAGUGGGCUCUUUGCCUUUUUGCAGAUUAAAACCUUACAUUUUCGGUGGACUGACAAUGGAUCCCUGUUUAAAGUAUCCUCCUUUUUAAAUGAAGUCAUACAGAGUUGGCUACAAUUUCAAUUUCAUCCUCCAGAAAAGGCUGAUCUAGUAUUACAGCAAAUAAUAUGUACAGAUUUUUUUUUCCAAGAAGGGUAUAAUAUUUUAUAUAUUACAAAAUGAUAACCAACUCAUCACGGCUCUGCCACAAAAUUGGAAGAGACAAUUACUUCAGGCCAGGCACCACACCCUCAUAGGGUAAUUUUUUCCCCUUAAUCAUAUCACUAUCAACUUUUACCAGUUGAAUGUAGACACAAAUAUAAUACUGAAAUUAGGUGAUAUCUCAUUAAAUAUGCACAUAUUUGCAUAUUGCACAAAUCCAUUUCUCUGGACACUGGAUGAAGUCAGCCUAAAUAUUUUGGUUUAAUUUCUGUUAAGACAGUCCAGGACCUGACACCACACAUCACUGAGUACCUCUCUUCAUAUUUCAAAGCAUGGUGGUGGCUGCAUCAUGUUAUGGGUAUGCUUGUCAUCGGCAAGGACUAGGGAGUUUUUUUAGGAUAAAAAGAAACGGAAUAAAGCUAAGCACAUGCAAAAAGCUAAGCACUGCUUUCCAACAGACACUGGUAGACAAAUUCACCUUUCAGCAGGACAAUAUCCUAAAACACAAGGCCGAAUAUACACUGGAGUUGCUUACCAAGACGACAUUGAAUGUUCCUGAGUGGCCAAGUUACAGUUUUGAUUAAAUUGGCUUGAAAAUCUAUGGCAAGACAAUACUUUUUUUAAGAACAAUGUGCAAAUAUUGUACAAUCCAGGUGUGCAAAGCUCUUAGACACCCAGAAAGACUCACAGUUGUAAUCGCUGUCAAAGGUGAUUCUUACCUAUGCGCUAGAGGUGUAACAUACAGUACAUGAACAAUACUCACUCUACUUCUCUCUCUUUCUCCCCAUCUCCUUCCUUCCUGCCUCGCCCUGUAGGGUACGUCAGUGUGCCAGGCUACAGCCAUAGGUGCUGCAGUCAUCCUCCUGUACACGUCCAGGGCCUGCUAUAACCUGGUGGUGGUGGCUCUCUCUCCAGAGGACCGGCCCAGCCCCUUCAACUACAGCUGGUACAACGUCUCUGACCAGGUAGGAUAACCACACACCCACGCACCCUCACAAGCAUGCAUGCAGACACACACGUAAAAUGGUGAUAAUGAUGAUCAUGAAGAUAGUUCAAGUUAAGUCACUGUGACAGGACUAGGGGCAUGUGUGAGUCAGGCCUGUUAAACCUUCAGUGAACCCUGCUGUCCUAGAUAUCCAAAGCUCACAGUGCUGUGCUGUGCUGCCUGCCAAACACACGCAUACAGACACACAGACACACAUACAACUGCUGUCUGACAUAUUUAAUCAUCUAUUAUAGGGCUGAUUAGUCUGCAAACACUCUGUGUGUGUGUGUGUGUGUGUGUGUGUGUGUGUGUGUCUGUGUGUGUGUGAUUAGCCUAUGUCUGUAACUAAUCGGCAGUCACAUUCAUUCUGCAGUAGUUGCAUGGUUGAUUUUUCACACACAUCUCCAUGAUUGUUUUGGUUUUUGCUGUUUCUUAACUGUGCACACGUGUAUUCCCAAUUUAAGAGUCCAUGUGUGUGCAAUGUGCAUAUGUGUACUCGUUUGUGUGUGUUCAUGCUUAUAUAAUAUGUCUGGCUUUACAUGGCUCUGUGUGUGUGUUUUGUGUCUGGUAAAAAAAAUAUUUUUAUUUUUUUAUUUAUUUAUUUAUUGUAAAGUGGUUAUCCCACUGGCUAUAGGGUGAAUGCACCAAUUUGUAAGUCGCUCUGGAUAAUGUAAAUGUAAAUGGUAACACUCUAAGCACUUGGUGAAGCUGGUGAAGCUGGUUGAGAGAAUGCCAAGAGUGUGCACAGCAGUCAUCAAGGCAAAGGGUGGCUAUUUGAAGAAUCUCAAAUAUAAAAUAUAUUUUGAUUUGUUUAACACUUUUUGGGUUACUACAUGAUUCCAUGUGUUAUUUCGUAGUUUUGAUGUCUUCACUAUUAUUCUACAAUGUAGAAAAUAGUAAAAAUAAAGAAAAACCCUUGAAUGAGUAGGUGUGUCCAAACUUUUGACUGGUACUGUAAGUAUUCACACCCCUGAGUUUGUACAUGUUAGAAUCAGCUUUGGCAGCGAUUACAGCUGUGAGUCUUUCUGGGUAAUUCUCUAAGAACUUUGAACAACUGGAUUGUACUAUAUUUGCACAUUAUUCUUUUAAACAUUCUUCAAGCUCUGUCAAGUUGGUUGUGGAUCAUGACUAGACAGCUAUUUUCAAGUCUUGCAAUAGAUUUUCAAGGCAAUUUAAGUCAAAACUGUAAUAACUAAGCAACAGCAACAUUCAAUGUCAUCUUGGUAAGCAACUCCAGUGUUUAUUUGGCCUGUCCUGCUGAAAGGUGAAUUUGCCUCCCAGUGUCUGUUUGAAAGCGGACUGAACCAGGAUUUUGCCUGUUGUGCUUAGCUCUAUUCUGUUUAUUUUUAUCCCAAAAAACUCCCUAGUCCUUGCCGAUGACAAGCAUACCCAUAACAUGAUGCAGCCGCCACCAUGCCGCCUUCGUUGCCCGGGCGGUGUGUUUGGGAUCAUUGUCAUGCUGAAAGACCCAGCCACGUUUCAUCUUCAAUGCCCUUGCUGAUGGAAGGAGGUUUUCACUCAAAAUCUCACGAUACAUGGCCCAAUUCAUUCUUUCCUUUACACGGAUCAGUCGUCCUGGUCCCUUUGCAGGAAAAACAGCCCCAAAGCAUGAUGUUUCCACCCCCAUGCUUCACAGUAGAUAUGGUGUUCUUUGGAUGCAACUCAGCAUUCUUUGUCCUCCAAACACGACCAGUUGAGUUUUUACCAAAAAGUUCUAUUUUGGUUUCAUCUGACCAUAUGACAUUCUCCCAAUCCUCUUCUGGAUCAUCCAAAUGCACUCUAGCAAACUUCAGACGGGCCUGGACAUGUACUGGCUUAAGCAGGGGGACACGUUUUGUACUGCAGGAUUUGAGUCCCUUGCGGCGUAGUGUGUUACUGAUGGUAGGCUUUUUUACUUUGGUCCCAGCUCUCUGCAGGUCAUUCACUAGGUCCCCCCGUGUGGUUCUGGGAUUUUUGCUCACCGUUCUUGUGAUCAUUUUGACCCCACGGGGUGAGAUCUUGCGUGGAGCCCCAGAUUAUCAGUGGUCUUGUAUGUCUUCCAUUUCCUAAUAAUUGCUCCCACAGUUGAUUUCUUCAAACCAAGCUGCUUACCUAUUGUAGAUUCAGUCUUCCCAGCCUGGUGCAGGUCUACAAUUUUGUUUCUGGUGUCCUUUGACAGCUCUUUGGUCUUGGCCAUAGUGGAGUUUGGAGUGUGACUGUUUGAGGUUGUGGACAGGUAGGUGUCUUUUUAUACUGAUAACAAGUUCAAACAGGUGCCAUUAAUACAGGUAACGAGUGGAGGACAGAGGAGCCUCUUAAAGAAGAAGUUACAGGUCUGUGAGAGCCAGAAAUCUUGCUUGUUUGUAGGUGACCAAAUACUUAUUUUCCACCAUAAUUUGCAAAUAAAUUCAUUAAAAAUCCUACAAUGUGAUUUUCUGGAGAAAAAAAUCUCAAUGUGUCUGUCAUAGUUGACGUGUACCUAUGAUGAAAAUUACAGGCCUCUCUCAUCUUUUUAAGUGGGAGAACUUGCACAAUUGGUGGCUGACUAAAUACUUUUUUUCCCCACUGUACAUACAUACAUACAUACAUAUCCUUUUAAAAAAUAUAUUUCCCUUUAUUACUUUCCAACCCCACCACCCCUUCCCUAAUUGGAGUAAACUAGUGAACAACAAUGCUUAGGCCUCUACUUCCAGCUUAUACAUACUAUAUAUAUUUUAUGGACACAGUCAAUUUUACAAGAAUUCUAUUUAUUUAUUUAUUUUUACUCCUGAACUUCCACUACCCUCAACCUCUCCGAUCAUUUUCAUGAUGUCCAUCCGGUUUGCUUCUAUAUGCUAUAUCUUUCCAACUGUGCUCUUUCACAAAAGCUCUCAAACUAUAACCUAUAUACUUAUUAUGGACACAGUAUGCUUUACAUUAGUUAUCUUGUUGUUGUUAGUUGUUAUUAGUCCCAUCCUUCAACUCCAUUCAACACCUCCCAUCUAUCUCUUAACACCAUCCAUAUUGGAUUUCUAUUUGCCAUAUAUUUUUCAACUGUACUGUGAUGUUUUACAAAAGUUCUGAACCCAUCUAUUCUCAUUGUUUCUACAGAUUGUAAAUGAAAAAGAAACAUUUUUGCUAAAAGUAUUAUUAUAUUAUUGAUCGAUUGACUAUGACUUUUCAGAUCACCCAGUAGUGCUAUCUGCAGGGUUAGCUCCAGGUAAAUACUGCAAUCUUUAAGCCAUUCCUGGACCUGUGUCCAAAAACAAGCUACAAAUGGAAAGUACCAAAACAAAUGAUCUAAUGACUCUUCGCAGCAAAAUCUGCAGAGCUGGGAAGAUUGUAUCCCCCAUAUAAAUGACAUUCUAUUGGUAGCAAGAAUUUUGUAUAAUAAUUUAAAAUGAAAAAUUGUAAGUUUUGAAUCCGGCUUCGUUUUGCGCAUCAGUUCAUAAACACUUUGCCCUGGAAUCGGUACGUCAAAAAUCUCUUCCCAACUAUUUUGCAAUGUCACGCCCUGGCCUUGAGAAGCUGGUUGUCUUUAGUUGGUUUGGUCAGGGCGUGAGGAUCUAUGUUAAAAUUUCUAUGUUUAGGAUCUAGAUGUGUUGUUUCUAUGUUUGGCCGGGUGUGAUUCACAAUCAGAGACAGCUGUCGCUCGUUGUCUCUGAUUGGGGAUCAUUCUUAAGUAGCCUGUUUGCCUACCUUAGUUGUGGGAUCUUGUUCCGUGUUAGCCUUGUAUGUGUUUAGCCUGAGGACUUCAUGUUACGUUGUUUCUUGUUUUGUUUAUGUUUAUUGAGUUAAAUAAACAUGUACGCUUUUCACGCUGCACCUUGGUCUGACCCGUUUCUCAACGAUCGUGACAUGCAAUCUAUAUGGGACGGCUGUCAAUCCUUUGGUCCUGAAAUGAAACUGUUAUACUUUUUUAUUUAUCCCAAUUAUGUUCUUUAAUGCAGGGCCGACAGACAAGUUCCUUACUUUUUCCCACCUUCCACUUUCCUCUUCCAUUUUGCGGUAAUGCUGCAAUUAUUUGUUUGUAAUUUUGGGUAGAGCAGACAUUUCGAUAUGUUUUUGUUAGCUGCAUGUGCGACACAACUCCACCUGUCCUACCUAAGAUAUAAUUUAUGAAGAUUAUACCUUUUUUAAACAUUUUCUAUGAAUUAGUAUAUUUGAGUUCAACCACUAUUUGUUGCAUAAUUUUCUUCUGUCAUUUCAAGAGGAUUAAAUUGAAAUUGCAACCAAUUUUCUAUGGAUUUCUUUAGAAAUAGUGAUAUUUGAGAGAUGAUUUCCUUUUCAAAUAACUGAAAGUGAGAGGUUGUAAUCUGAAUUUUUUCCGAGUAUAUUCACAUCACCAUCAGACCAUUGUAUUGGUAAACUACAUGGUAAUGUAAAAAUUGUAGUUUUUAGUGAUCCAAUACGUAUAGUACAUUUAUCAUAAUUUGGUUGUAAUCCAGAGAGGUUAGAAAAUGUAUCUAGAUCCUCUAUGAGGCUGUUGAGGGAUUCAAGUUGUGGAUUUAAAAGGAAACAUGAAUCAUCAGCGUACAAUGACACCUUUGUUUUUAAACCCUGGAUUUCUAAUCCCUUGAUAUUAUUGUUGGAUCUGAUUUUAAUAGCUAACAUUUCGAUGGCCAUAAUAAAUAGAUAUGCCGAUAGUGGACAACCUUGUUUCACUCCUCUUGACAGUUUAAAGCUUUCGGAUAAAUAGCCAUUAUUUACUAUUUUACACCUAGGGUUACUAUACAUGAUUUUAACCCAUUUUAUAAGAGAUUCUCCAAAAUUGAAAUGCUCCAGGUAUUUAUAUAUUAACCCCAGUCAUACUUUAUCAAAUGCCUUUUCAAAGUCUGCUAUGACUAGCAGGCCUGGUUUCCCAGAUUUGUCCCAAUGUUUCCAGUACUUGCCUUAUAUUAUCUCCAUUGUAUCGUCCAUGUAAAAAACCUGUCUGAUUAGAAUGAAUAACGUCCAACAAUACCUUUUUAAUUCUAUUCACUAUACAUUUUGCAUCACAACACUGAAGUGUAAGGGGCCUCCAAUUUUUUUUAUGGACUGGAUCUUUAUAUCUUCCACUUGUAUCCUGUUUCAGUAAUAAUGAAAUCAGACCUUCUUCUUGAGUGUCUGAUAAUCUACCAUUUACAUAGGAGUGGUUAAAACAUGCUAAUAACAGUCCUCUGAGUAUAUCAAAAAAGGUUUGGUAUACCUCGACUGGUAUGCUAUCCAACCCUGGAGUUUUCCCGGACUUAAAGUCUUUAAUUGCAUCCAGAAUUUCCUCCUCUAUAAUUUCACCUUCACAUGAGUCUUUCUGUAUGGCUGUUAAUUUUACAUUAUCAAUAGAAAAAAUAUCUCUACAAUUAGCUUCAGUUAGAGGAGAUUGAGGCAACUGAAACGAAACAUAUGCUUAAAGUUCUUCGCUUCCUCCUUCAAAAUAUAAUUUGGUAAAUCCGUCAUUUGUAACCAGUUUCAGUAAAUUAUUUUUGGUAGCAUUUCUAUGUUGCAUUUUUCCCCAUAUUCCAUCCAGUUUGCUUUAUUUUUUAUAAUAUAUUACACUUGAUCUUUGUUGAAUAAGUUUCUCAAAUUCUUUUAGUUUUUCCUCUAAUUUAUUCUGAGUCUCUAUCUUACUGUUUUUAUUGCUAUCUAUCUGUUCUGUUAGACCUUCUAUUUCCUUUGUUUGUAUGGACUCUUUUGACCUAAAUUGCUUUUUGUUUUCGAGAUGAGUACUGAAUUGCAUGGCCUCUAAAGGCACAUUUUAAAAGUGUCCCAUACAAUAAGGGGAUUUGCUGUACCUAUGUUAUGUCGGAAAAAAUCUGUUAUAAUUUCCUCUGUCCUAGAUAAAAACAAGUUAUCAUCCAAUAGGCUUUGAUUAAAUUUCCAAUAUCCUCGCCCACGUGGAAAUUCUGUAAGAGUAAUGUACAGUCGUGGUCAAAAGUUUUGAGAAUGACACAACUAUUGGUCUUCACAAAGUUUGCUGCUUCAGUGUUUUUAGAUAUUUUUGUCAGAUGUUACUAUGGUAUACUGAAGUAUAAUUACAAGCAUUCCAUAAGGCUUUUAUUGACAAUUACAUUAAGUUUAUGCAAAGAGUCAAUAUUUGCAGUGUUGACCCUUCUUUUUCAAGACCUCUGCAAUCUGCUCUGGCAUGCUGUCAAUUAACUUCUGGGCCACAUCCUGACUGAUGGCAGCCCAUUCUUGCAUAAUCAAUGCUUGGAAUUUGUCAGAAUUUGUGGGUUUUUGUUUGUCCACCCGCCUCUUGAGGAUUGACCACAAGUUCUCCAUCAUGCUGGAAAAGGCAUUGUUCGUCACCAAACUGUUCUUGGAUGGUUGGGAGAAGUUGCUCUUGGAGGAUGUGUUGGUACCAUUCUUUAUUCAUGGCUGUGUUCUUAGGCAAAAUUGUGAUUGAGCCCACUCCCUUGGCUGAGAAGCAACCCCACACAUGAUUGGUCUCAGGAUGCUUUACUGUUGGCAUGACACAGGACUGAUGGUAGCGCUCACCUUGUCUUCUCCGGACAAGCUUUUUCCGGAUGCCCCAAACAAUCGGAAAGGGGAUUCAUCAGAGAAAAUGACUUUACCCCAGUCCUCAGCAGUCUAAUCCCUGUACGUUUUGCAGAAUAUGAGUCUGUCCCUGAUGUUUUUCCUGGAGAGAAGUGGCUUCCUCGCUGCCCUUCUUGACACCAGGCCAUCCUCCAAAAGUAUUCGCCUCACUGUGCGUGCAGAUGCACUCACACCUGCCUGCUGCCAUUCCUGAGCAAGCUCUGCACUGGUGGUGCCCCGAUCCCGCCGCUGAAUGAACUUUAGGAGACGGUCCUGGUGCUUGCUGGACUUUCUUGGGCGCCCUGAAGCCUUCUUCACAACAAUUGAACCUCUCUCCUUGAAGUUCUUGAUGAUCCAAUAAAUGGUUGAUUCAGGUGCAAUCUUACUAGCAGCAAUAUCCUUGCCUGUGAAGCCCUUUUUGUGCAAAGCAAUGAUGAUGGCACGUGUUUCCUUGCAGGUAACCAUGGUUAACAGAGGAAGAACAAUGAUUUCAAGCACCUCCCUCCUUUUUAAAGCUUCCAGUCUGUUAUUCUAACUCAAUCAACAUGACAGAGUGAUCUCCAGCCUUGUCCUCGUCAACACUCUCACCUGUGUUAACGAGAGAAUCACUGACAUGAUGUCAGCUGGUCCUUUUGUGGCAGGGCUGAAAUGCAGUGGAAAUGUUUUUUGGGGGAUAAAUUCAUUUUCAUGGCAAAGAGGGACUUUGCAAUUAAUUGCAAUUCAUCUGAUCACUCUUCAUAACAUUCUGGAGUAUAUGCAAAUUGCCAUCAUAAAAACUGAGGCAGCAGACUUUGUGAAAAUUAAUAUUUGUGUCAUUCGUAAAACUUUUGACCACGACUGACGAUAUGUCAAUUAUAUGAUGGUCCAACCGCAUUCUGUCCCCUAUCAACACUUUUUAAAACUUUUGGUGCCAAUGAGAAUGACAUAAGAAAGAAGUCAAGAUGACUAGCUUGAUUGAGUCUCCGCCAUGUAUAUCUCACUAGAUCAGGAUAUUUAAGCCUCCAUAUAUCUACUAGUUCUAAUGUAUCCAUGACAUUCACAAUUUCCUCAAGAACAUGAGGAUGAUAGUUUUAGUGUGAUUUCCUUUACGGUCCAUUGAGCUAUUUUAAAACAGUAUUAUAAUCUCCCACCAUAAUAAUAGAGUCUUUUAUUGCUUUCAAGGUGGAUAAUUUAUUAUAUAUAUUGUAAAAGAAGUGUGGAUCAUCAUUAUUUGGUCCAUAAAUGUGCCCUGACUCGGGACGCUUAUAUGUUGAGUCAGGGUGUGUAUAUUCCUUGUUGUGCUUUUUCUAUGUGUGGGAUCUAGUAUGUAUAGUUCUAUGUUGGACGGUGUGGUUCCCAAUCAGAGGCAGCUGUCGCUCGUUGUCUCUGAUUGGGGACCAUACUUAGGCAGCCUAUUGGCACCAAGCCAGUGGUGCGCGUCGCCGGCCCGGCCCGGCCCGUUCCUGCUCCUCGCACCAAGCCAGUGGUGCGCGUCGCCGGCCCGGCCCGUUCCUGCUCCUCGCACCAAGCCAGUGGUGCACGUCGCCGGCCCGGCCCGUUCCUGCUCCUCGCACCAAGCCAGUGGUGCGCGUCGCCGGCCCGGCCCGUUCCUGCUCCUCGCACCAAGCCAGUGGUGCGCGUCGCCGGCCCGGCCCGGCCCGUUCCUGCCCCUCGCACCAAGACAGUGGUGCAUGUUCCUAGUCCGGCCCGUGCCUGCUCCUCGCACCAGACCAGUGGUGCGUUUGUCCAGUCCGGCACGGCCCGUGCCCACUCCACCGCUGCCUGAUCCAGCUCCGGUCAGCUGCGCCACUCCGGAACCAGAGCAGUCCGCUCCACCGGGGUCCAGUCCAGCUCCGGUCAGCGGCUCCACUCCGGAGCCAGAGCAGUCCGCUCCACCGGUGCCUGAUCCAGCUCCGGUCAGCGGCUCCAGUCCUGACCAUGAUGUCAGCCCCUCUCCAGGUUCGGGGUCUCCCACACCAGGGUCCAGACAGGGCCUGGCGUAUCGUGGGAGGAAGGAGAGGGGAAGCAGCGCGCCGAGGUCCAGACCAGACCAGGGGCACAACAGGGAGGCGGAGAGUGAGAGGUCGUCACGCCCCGAGCCGGAUCCGCCUCCGAGGCGGAAUGCCCACCCGGCCCCUACCCUGUUAUGUUUAUGUUGUGCGGUCGGAGUCCGCACCUUUGGGGGGGGGGGGGGGGGGGUACUGUCACGCCCUGACUCAGGGGACGCUUAUAUGUUGAGUCAGGGUGUGUAUAUUCCUUGUUGUGCUUUUUCUAUGUGUGGGAUCUAGUAUGUAUAGUUCUAUGUUGGCCGGUGUGGUUCCCAAUCAGAGGCAGCUGUCGCUCGUUGUCUCUGAUUGGGGAGCAUACUUGCAGCCUGUUGGCAUGCAUUAGUUGUGGGAUCUUGUUCCGUGAGUAGGCUUGUUUUGUGUUUAGCCUUAGGACUUCACGUUUCGUUGGUUUGUUGUUUUGUCGUGUGUUUAUCAUUUAAUAAACAUGUACGCAUUUCACGCUGCGCCUUGGUCUGACCCGUCCUUCAACGAACGUGACAGUAAAGGUUAAUGAGCCAUAUUUGUUUAUGGUCCAUUAAAAUACUGUUAAUUAAUAUCAUCACCCCUUUUGAGUUUCUUUGCCCAUGGGAAAAGUAUAUUUGCCCCCCCCCCAUUCAUUUUUCCACGCAACUUCAUCUAGAAUUGUUGAAUGAGUUUCCUGUAAACAAUAGAUAUUAUAUUUCUUCUCUUUGAGCCAUGUAAAUAUUGUUCUUCUUUUGUUAUUAUCUGCUAAACCAUUACAAUUAUAACUGGCUAUACUUAUUUCACCACAUACCAUAAUGACCUACAAGUUUCAAAUCUAUUCAUCAUUAUAUAUGUUUGUAAAUUUACCAAUAAAAAAUACCAUAGUGAUUGAGUGUCCAUAUAGCUGUACCAUGAUAUUUGCAUUGCUACUAAGUAACCCUCCAAUUGUUCUCCACUAUUCCCCCUGCUAAAGCCCCUCCCCAUCCCAAAUUGGGCCGUCAUCCCAGUGAUCGGCAUACCACCCCCGUCCCCCCGGAUUCCUAGGCCCCCCGAGAGGCCAGGACCCAUCCAUCGAAAACAGCACACAGUGCCACCCACAAAACAGAAGCAGGUCAACCGCCAAAAGCAUUUCCAAUGCUCUCACCUCAAUAUACACUGCUAAAAAAAAUUAAGGGAACACUUAAACAACACAAUGUAACUCCAAGUCAAUCACACUUCUGUGAAAUCAAACUGUCCACUUAGGAAGCAACACUGAUUGACAAUACAUUUCACAUGCUGUUGUGCAAAUGGAAUAGACAACAGGUGGAAAUUAUAGGCAAUUAGCAAGACACCCCCAAUAAAGGACUGGUUUUGCAGGUGGUGACCACAGACCACUUCUCAGUUCCUAUGCUUCCUGGCUGAUGUUCUGGUCACUUUUGAAUGCUGGCGGUGCUUUCACUCGAGUCUACAACCCACACAAGUGGCUCAGGUAGUGCAGCUCAUCCAUGAUGGCACAUCAAUGCGAGCUGUGGCAAGAAGGUUUGCUGUGUCUGUCAGCGUAGUGUCCAGAGCAUGGAGGCGCUACCAGGAGACAGGCCAGUACAUCAGGAGACGUGGAGGAGGCCGUAGGAGGGCAACAACCCAGCAGCAGGACUGCUACCUCCGCCUUUGUGCAAGGAGGAGCAGGAGGAGCACUGCCAGAGCCCUGCAAAAUGACCUCCAGCAUGCCACAAAUGUGCAUGUGUCUGCUCAAAUGGUCAGAAACAGACUCCAUGAGGGUGGUAUGAGGGUCCGACAUCCACAGGUGGGGGUUGUGCUUACAGCCCAACACCGUGCAGGACGUUUGGCAUUUGCCAGAGAACACCAAGAUUGGCAAAUUCGCCACUGGUGCCCUGUGCUCUUCACAGAUGAAAGCAGGUUCACACUGAGCACAUGUGACAGACGUGACAGAGUCUGGAGACGCCGUGGAGAACGUUCUGCUGCCUGCAACAUCCUCCAGCAUGACCGGUUUGGCGGUGGGUCAGUCAUGGUUUGGGGUGGCAUUUCUUUGGGGGGCCGCACAGCCCUCCAUGUGCUCGCCAGAGGUAGCCUGACUGCCAUUAGGUACCGAGAUGAGAACCUCAGACCCCUUGUGAGACCAUAUGCUGGUGCGGUUGGCCCUGGGUUCCUCCUAAUGCAAGACAAUGCUAGACCUCAUGUGGCUGGAGUGUGUCAGCAGUUCCUGCAAGAGGAAGGCAUUGAUGCUAUGGACUGGCCCGCCCGUUCCCCAGACCUGAAUCCAAUUGAGCACAUCUGGGACAUCAUGUCUCGCUCCAUCCACCAACGGCACGUUGCACCACAGACUGUCCAGGAGUUGGCGGAUGCUUUAGUCCAGGUCUGGGAGGAGAUCCCUCAGGAGACCAUCCGCCACCCCAUCAGGAGCAUGCCCAGGCAUUGUAGGGAGGUCAUACAGGCACGUGGAGUCCACACACACUACUGAGCCUCAUUUUGAUUUGUUUUAAGGACAUUACAUCAAAGUUGGAUCAGCCUGUAGUGUGGUUUUCCACUUUAAUUUUGAGGGUGACUCCAAAUCCAGACGUCCAUGGGUUGAUAAAUUUGAUUUCCAUUGAUAAUUUUUGUGUGAUUUUGUUGUCAGCACAUUCAACUAUGUAAAGAAAAAAGUAUUUAAUAAGAUUAUUUCAUUCAUUCAGAUCUAGUAUGUGUUAUUUUAGUGUUCCCUUUAUUUUUUUGAGCAGCUAUAUAUAUAUAGCUAUUUUAAAAAUAUAUAUCUAUUCAAAUAUCUUGCAUAUCUUAAUUUCCAUCAUUAUCAAUUAAAUGCGUAAUAAUGUUGGCAGUUCAUGCGUAGGAUUGUUACCUAUAACAUCCCGGAGUCGCCUUGACGUUGAGACUGGUGUUUUGCUAGUACUAUUUAAUGAAGCUGCCAGUUGAGGACCUGUGAGGUGCCUGUUUCUCAAACUAGACACUAAUGUAUUUGUCCUCUUGCUCAGUUGUGCACCGGGGCCUUCCACUCCUCUUUCUAUUCUGGUUAUAGCCAGUUUUAUUACUUCUUUAAUCAGCACAACAGUUUUCAGCUGUGCUAACAUAAUUGCAAAAGGGUUUUCUAAUGAUCAAUUAGCCUUUUAAAAUAAUAAACUUGGAUUAGCUAACACAUCGCGCCAUUGGAACACAGGACUGAUGGUUGCUGAUAAUGGGCCUCUGUACGCCUAUGUAGAUAUUCCAUUAAAAAUCAGUCGUUUCCAGCUACAAUAGCCAUUUACAACAUUAACAAUGUCUACACUGUAUUUCUCAUCAAUUUGAUGUUAUUUUAAUGGACAAAAAAAUGGUUUUUCUUUCAAAAACAAGGACAUUUCUAAGUGACCCCAAAUUUUGAACGGUAGUGUAUGAAGUGCUAAUAUUUAGUCUAUCUUACUGAUAUUGAAUAUUAUGUUUUUAUCUUGAGGUGAUUCGCACCGUUGUGUAUUCAAUACGCCAUCUUGUCUACCGGAAGUUAGCGAGGUAACUUUGGUCAACUAUGAGUUCAACUCGGGAUCUCCCUGGUCUUUGUGGUUGAAUCUGUGUUUGAAAUUCACUGCUCGACUGAGGGAACUUACAGAUAAUUGUGUGGGGUACAGAAAUUAGGUAUUCAUUCAAAAAUUGUGUUAAACACUAUUAUUGCACACAGAGUGAGUCCAUGCAACUUAUUAUGUGACUCGUUAAGCACAUUUUUACUCCUGAACGUAUUUAGGUUUGCCAUAACAAAGGGGUUGAAUACUUAUCGACUCAAGACAUUUCAGCUUUUCAUUUUUUAUUAAUUUGUAAACAUUUCUUAAAACAUAAUUCCACUUUGACAUUAUGCGGUAUUGUGUGUAGGCAGUGACACAAUCUCAAUUUAAUCCAUUGUAAAUUCAGGCUGUAACACAACAGAAUGUGGAAAAAGUCAAGGGCUGUGAAGACUUUCUGAAGGCACUGUAUGUACAGUAUGUGUAUAUGGGUCCCUCUGUGUGAAUCUGUACAUAUAUCCCAUAUUUACGACCAUUCUCCCUUGUCUCCCUUCUAAAUUGACACUUGGCUUGAUUUCACUCAGUCCAUCAGGCUUUGAUGACAGAGCCAUUCUAUCCAGAUCUGUUUGCUGAGUGGCUGAGAGCUCUGUGGCUGCUGCAGCAACAAUCCAUUUGAGGGGAUUUGGGAGGAUAUGGGCUCUUUGUUUGUUUGUCUAUAGGGGGAGCACAGCCCAGGGCUGCCUGGUGCUAGUGACCUAGAUCUGGGCUCAACCCCUGUACUGGAGGUUUCCAUAUUUCCCAUAGGUCAUCUGGGGCCACUGUGUGUUUGGUUGACUGUCUGUCUUGGUUUAUUGCUUUAAAUGUAGUUUAAAUGUGUCUGUCUGACACAUUUAAGCACACACACACUCAUGUGUCUUUGUUUCUGUUUCUCUGUCUACUAUCUAAUCUAUCCAUCUUGGUUUGAUUGAAUUUAUCAGGCUGUAGUAUACACCAUUGUGUCAGUGUGUGUAUUUGUGAUUAUCUGAGGGAUAAUCUUAAGGUAUAUUUUGUUCUCAGUCGACAUACUUGUCUACGUCUUUAUCCUUGCUCUAAGCUGUAUACAUGCUCAUCACUCUCAUCACUGUGUCUGUGUAAAUAUCCUGUCAUCAUGGUAAUCCCUCUGUAUACAUGCUGUCAAUCUCUGUCAGUGUCGCUGUCUUGUUGUCCCCCAACAUCUGCCUCUUUCUGUGUUUAAUCUUUCUGGUUGGUGUGUGCGUGUGUGUGUUUGUCUGUUUCAUUUCUCUAAUUGCUGGAUAUAUGUGUGUUGUCAUAACAGGCAGACAUAGAGAAGAUCAGUGGAGAGGCCUACAUUAUCUUUGGGAUCAUCCUCUUUUUCUGGGAGCUGCUGCCCACCAGUCUGGUUGUGGUCUUCUUCAGGGUACAGAGGCCCAAUCAGAACCUAGUAAGACAAAAGCCUUAUUUCACUUUUACAUCAUAAUGUCAACAACGCGUUGCACUCUAGGAUCGAUAG